AUGCCGUAUUGCUGCGCCGGGACGCGGCUAGCCACCGCCGACAAUGGGGUCAAGUUAUUUUACAGAACAUACGGCCAUGGACCCACCAAAGUCCUCCUCAUCAUAGGAUUGGCGGGGACCCAUGAAUCCUGGAGACCGCAAAUCACGGGGCUGACAGGAACCUUCACCCCAAACAACGAUGAAACCGACUCUGUAAGUUGGAGUUCGCCGGAAGAACGAUGCGGAUGCAGCUAUCGUAGUAGUUAUCGUGGUAUCCAGGUCUGUGCAUUUGAUAACCGCGGUGUUGGUCGGAGCUCCGUACCUACCAAAAAGUCCGACUAUACAAGCAAGAUAAUGGCAAAGGAUGCAAUAGCUUUAUUAGAUCAUUUAGGUUGGAGAAAAGCCCAUGUUUUUGGGCAUUCGAUGGGAGCUAUGAUAGCCUGUAAACUAGCAGCAAUGGUGCCUGAUAGAGUUCUCUCAUUGGCGCUGCUCAAUGUGACGGGCGGGGGUUGGGAAUGCUUUCCAAAGUUUGACAGACAAACACUCUCCAUAGCUUACCGUUUCUUGAAAGCCAAGGCUCCUGAGGAGAGGGCUGCCGUUGACUUGGAAACCCACUACACAAAGGAAUAUCUUGAGGAAUAUGUUGGAACCAGUAAGAGGAGAACAAUCUUAUUUCAGCAAUAUGUGAAAGGUAUAUCAGCAACUGGGAUGCAAUCUAAUUUUGGUUUUGAGGGCCAAGUCAAUGCAUGCUGGACGCAUAAAAUUACUCAAACAGAAGUUGAUUUGAUCAAGUCUGCCGGUUUUCCUAUAGCAGUCAUUCAUGGCAGGCAUGAUAUAAUAGCUCAGAUACAUUACGCUAGAAGACUUGCAGAGAGGCUGCAACCAAUGGCUAGAAUGGUAGAUCUUCACGGAGGUCAUUUGGUGAGCCAUGAGAGGGCUGAAGAGGUCAACCAGACUCUUCUAGACUUGAUUAAGGCAUCAGAAUUGAAGAUGAACGCACAUGAUUGGACUAAUUUGCCGAAGAAAAAAUCCUGGACGGAGAAAAAGGUGUUAGUUUCUAAAUCCGACAUUCAAGUUGGAAGCAAUGUCUCCCUUAUGAGUCGCUUAGCGGAAAAACUGCAUCUCUGCCUAUUUUACCUCUUUGAGCUCCUUGUCUUGCCAAUUGAAAGUGGAAGAAAGCUUCUGGGAAGCUUAAAACCAGUUCGAGUUGGAAGUUCCCCUUCUUACGUUUAUCAAUGAUCCUUAGUUUUCAAUGGGUAGGCACAGGCUGUUUUUAA